AUGUCGCGUCUGGCCCGGAGCUGCGGCGCCUGCGGCCGGAUCCUGGUGGACUGGAACUCGCUACCGAGUCGAGCUGCCGACGGCCAGCAGGGCAAGGGGAGCUUGGACGGGCUUCCGAACGUCGAUUUCCGCGUGAUUGGCUGUGUUGAUCACCAUGCCAACGAGGGAUUUUGUGCCCCGGAGAUUUCACCGUUGCUCAUAACCACAUCUGGCUCAUGCGCUUCUCUAUUGGUACAGGCGCUCGGCUCGAUCGGGGCCUGGCCAGGAUGUCAGGAGGGCGACGACGCGUUGUCGACUACGCGUGAGGAAGCGCAGGUUGCCCAGCUCGCUCUAGCACCGAUACUCAUCGACACGGCGAACCUGACCGCAGAGGACAAGGUGACUCCCCACGACACCAGCGCACAUGACAUUCUUCACCGCAAGAUCAACCAGGCCGGUGUCCAGGCCUCUGCGAAGCAUGAUGACUUCUACACGCAGAUCCUCGAGACAAAGCAAAAUAGUCUCGACCUGUUGACUGUAGAGGAAGUGCUGGACCGCGACUACAAGCAAUGGACGGAGACAUCCUCCAGCCAUCCCUCAAAACCUCUCAACAUCGGCUUCUGCUCGAUGGUGAAGUCAAUUUCUUGGAUCGUCGAGAAGGCGGGAGGUCCGCAGGCUUUUCUUGACAAGCUAUGCACCUUCGCUGCACAGCGGGAGCUGGGGAUUGUCGUUGUCAUGACCGCGUUCACUUCGAAGACGUCUGACAAAUUCUGUCGCGAGUUGCUGGUUUGCGCUCUGGACGAUGGCCUUGCCACUGAUGCGUUGAAGUCCUUCGUUUCGCAGGCGGCGUCUCAACUGGGACUGGAGGAGUGGUCUGCGCGCGACGAUGAUGAGAGGGAUAUCUUGACCAUAAAGCGCACGCUGGACAAUGAGCCAUCCCGGCGGAUAUGGCUGCAGACGGACGUCACGAAGAGUCGGAAACAGGUUGCGCCGUUGAUCAGGGGCGCCGUGGCAUCACUCUAG